AUGCAAAUAUCGAAAUGUAUUGUCUUGCAGGUUGGUCCGUAUUUAUUAGACCAUGACACGAUUCCGGAACAGCGAGAAUUCUUUCAUUCGGCGUAUUCUGUAGGUAGUGCGAAACAGUUCCUUAGUCGUGAUCAAGACAGAUGGAUAUAUCGAGCUUACGAAUGUAUACAGGCUGCUGGAGAAGCUCCUUAUUCAAAAUCAGAGCACCCGCUUCAUUACUGCUUUGGAUAUAAUUCAGAAAACGAAAAAAAUGGCGCUAUCACAUAUGGCGUUUGCAUGCCAAGCAUAUGCUACGAUGACAGGCUUAAGGCUCGGCCACAUUUUCAGAUAUUAGAGCACUGGCGAUCAGAGAUAUCAUCUGAUGAAAUGCCUAUUGACUAUGUAUCGUGCACAAAAUCGCGACAUGAAUUACAGUGGUUUCAGAAGCCUUUACCUCUCGCAGAAUUUAUUAUCCAUCAAAUUUUCGUACUUUUCAUUAUAAUAGCAACGAUUUAUCAUAUAAGAUUUGGAGAACAGACGGGAGUGACAUCAGCUCAAGUAUUAUUGUCGUUCUCAGCAAAGAAGAAUCUCAAAAAACUGAUAGAAAUGCCGAAAGAUCCGCAGUCAACCAUAACAUGCAUGUUUGGUAUGCGAUUUAUUUCAAUGGUGUGGACUCUUGUCGGUCAUUCAUUUAUAUUUGUACAAGCGUAUCUGAAAAAUGUGGAAGAAUUUAAGGAUGAUAUGGUGAAUAAUUUUGAAAAUCAGUGGAUUACAAAUUUUACGCUAAGUGUUGACACAUUCUUUGUGCUAAGUGCCACACUAACUGCAUUUACAUGGUUCAAACGAAUGAAUAAACUUACAUCAGAAUCUGUUCCCACUUGGACAUCACUGGGCUACUGGUUAAAAUAUUAUCGGCAUCGUAUAAUUCGUCUUUGGCCAGCCUAUAUUUAUGUUAUGGUCGAUGUUGGUAUGCGAUCAUCAUUACAACAUUUUCACCCGAUGUGGCCACCAACUGAUCCAGCUGUUCAGUGUCCUAAACAUUGGUGGAAAAAUGUACUCUUUAUUAAUAGUCUUACUGAGAAUCGAUGCAUGCCAUGGACAUGGUAUAUUGGGACUGAAUUUAUAUUUUAUGCUAUAGCGCCCGUUUUCCUUUUAUCUCUUUAUCAAACACCGAUGAUCGGUUACUUUUUGUCAUUAUCUACCAUAAUUGGUUCUUGCAUUGCUCGACUCAUCGCAAUGAUAAAAUGGAAUUUUCCGCCAACACAAUUUCUUUGGAAGCAACCAGCAAUAUUUAAUCCUGAUUUCAUUCAGCACCAUAUUUUGAUGUAUAUAAAACCACAAUAUCGUAUUGGGCCAUAUAUUAUCGGCUUAUUGUUAGGUCAUUGCUUAGCGAAUUUUCAAGCAUGUCCAUAUAAAGUUCGCAGAACACUUCGAUUUCAAGUCCUUGGAUGGUUUUCAGCAUUUGUUGCGAGUUUUUGGGCUAUAUUCGGUCUUUAUCCAUCUCUUCAGGGUUGGGAUUGGCCUACUUAUCACCUACUUUUUGGUUCGGUUCAUAGGACAGUUUUUGCUCUAUCAAUGGCUUGGAUCAUUUAUGCAUGUUACACUGGAAUUGGAGGACUAAUUAAUAGGAUUCUAAGCAUGUCAUUCCUCAUACCACUCGCUUCAUUAUGUUACACGGCUUAUCUUGUACAUAUGGUGCUUGUUGUUUUUACUUAUCUUAUUGUACCAUUUCCAAUUAUCUACGACGGCAAAUUGACAGUAUUCUUACAUUGUUUUGUUCAACUUGCUAUGUCAUAUUUUUUUGGUAUUAUUGCUGCUCUUAUUGCUGAACUGCCGGCACUAAAUCUCGAAAAAUUGGUCUUCAGUAAUGAUCGACGAGGACAACCAGUCUGUUUAAAAAAUGAUGAAAUUCAACUAAAAGCAGCAGUGAAAUUGAAGACGCAUUUCAUGACCGUGAAAACAUUAGAAAGUUUAUGA